AUGGGAAAUUAUAAAUCUAGACCAACCCAGACUUGCACGGAUGAAUGGAAGAAGAAAGUCAGUGAGUCCUACACCACAGUCAUGGAGAGGCUGGAGAACGAUCUGCAGAUCAAGGAGAAGGAGCUGGAGGAAUUGAAGCAUGUUUUUAGCUCUGAUGAAGCCUUCUGCAAAGUCAAUUUGAAUUACCGCACGGAGAACGGGCUCUCGCUGCUCCACCUGUGCUGCAUCUGUGGGGGCAACAAAUCACACAUCAGAACUCUCAUGCUGAAGGGGCUGCGCCCAUCCAGGCUGACGAGAAAUGGAUUUACAGCUCUGCACUUGGCAGCUUAUAAGGACAAUGUGGAGCUGCUGACAGCACUGCUGCACGGUGGGGCCGACACACAGCAGGUUGGGUAUGGAGCACUGACGGCACUGCACGUCGCCACCAUCGCUGGCCACUACAAGGCUGUGGAUGUUCUCCUGCAGCAUGGAGCCUAUGUGAAUGUGCAGGAUGCAGUGUUCUUCACCCCACUUCACAUUGCUGCAUACUAUGGCCACGAGCAGGUAACCCACCUCUUACUGAAGUUUGGAGCUGAUGUGAAUGCCAGUGGUGAAGUUGGGGACAGACCUCUGCAUCUGGCUGCUGCCAAAGGCUUUCUCAACAUCACAAAGCUCUUGAUGGAAGAGGGAAGCAAAGCUGAUGUGAAUGUUCAGGAUAACGAAGAUCACGUUCCUCUGCACUUCUGCUCUCGGUUUGGGCACCACGAAAUCGUGAAGUUCUUACUGCAAAGCAGCUUUGAAGUGCAGCCCCACAUGGUGAAUAUCUACGGAGACACUCCUCUGCACCUUGCCUGCUACAAUGGGAAGUUUGAAGUUGUCAAGGAAAUAAUUCAGCUCUCGGGAACAGAAAGUCUUACUAAAGAGAAUAUAUUCAGUGAAACAGCUUUCCACAGUGCUUGCACCUAUGGAAAGAGCAUAGAACUUGUCAAGUUUCUUCUUGACCAGAAUGUUGUGAGCAUCAAUCACCAGGGAAGAGAUGGGCACACAGGAUUGCACUGUGCUUGCUACCACGGCCACAUUCGCCUCGUGCAGUUCUUGCUGGAUAAUGGUGCUGAUAUGAAUCUGGUAGCGUGUGAUCCCAGCAGGUCCAGUGGAGAGAACGAUGAGCAGACCUGUUUGAUGUGGGCUUAUGAGAAAGGUCAUGAUGCCAUUGUGACCCUUCUGAAGCAUUACAAGAGACCUCAGGAUGAAUCCCCCUGCAAUGAAUACUCCCAGCCUGGAGGAGAUGGUUCCUAUGUGUCCGUGCCAUCCCCUCUGGGCAAGAUUAAAAGCAUGACAAAAGAAAAGGCUGAUGUUCUCCUCCUCCGUGCCAGUUUGCCGUCACACUUCCACCUGCAGCUCUCUGAGCUAGAGUUCCAUGAGAUUAUUGGCUCAGGGUCUUUUGGAAAAGUCUACAAGGGACGAUGCAGGAAUAAAAUCGUUGCAAUCAAACGCUACCGAGCCAACACCUACUGCUCCAAAUCCGAUGUGGACAUGUUUUGCCGGGAGGUUUCCAUCCUCUGCCGUCUGAACCAUCCGUGUGUUAUCCAGUUCAUGGGAGCCUGCCUAGAUGACCCCAGCCAGUUUGCCAUUGUCACCCAGUACAUCUCGGGGGGAUCCCUCUUCUCCCUGCUCCAUGAGCAGAAGAGAACUCUUGACCUGCAGUCUAAAUUGAUCAUUGCUGUAGAUGUGGCCAAAGGCAUGGAGUACCUCCAUAACCUCACACAGCCCAUCAUACACCGGGAUUUGAACAGUCACAAUAUUCUCCUGUAUGAGGAUGGUCAUGCAGUAGUGGCUGAUUUUGGAGAAUCUCGAUUUCUGCAGUCCCUGGAUGAGGACAACAUGACAAAACAACCUGGGAACCUGCGCUGGAUGGCCCCCGAGGUGUUCACCCAGUGCACCAGGUACACCAUCAAAGCCGAUGUCUUCAGCUACGCUCUGUGCCUCUGGGAGCUGUUAACGGGGGAAAUUCCAUUUGCUCACCUGAAACCAGCGGCAGCAGCAGCAGACAUGGCAUACCACCACAUCCGCCCACCCAUCGGUUACUCCAUUCCCAAGCCCAUCUCUGCCUUGUUGAUGAGGGGCUGGAAUGCCUGUCCCGAGGGGAGACCAGAGUUUUCAGAAGUUGUCACUAAGUUAGAGGAGUGUCUGUGCAAUAUCGAGUUAAUGUCUCCAGCCUCCAGCAACAGCAGCGGGUCCCUGUCUCCCUCCUCCUCCUCAGACUGCCUCGUGGCCCGGGGGGGUCCCGGCCGCAGCCACGUCGCCGCUCUGCGCAGUCGGUUCGAGUUGGAAUAUGCCUUGAACACACGAGCGUAUGCUGUCUGGUCACAGGGCACUGGGCAACCCCCUUCUCAGGACCUGUCUCUGGAUGAGAUGAGAAGGAGCUUCCAGUGCCCACCCGUGGACAAAAAUGGGUAUGUGUCGGACCCCUUGAGCACCAUGAGGUUCCACUCGUGCAGCAGCAGCGGCAGCUUUGAGGACAGCAGCUGAGGGAGGGACUGUCCUCUUGCCACCAGCCUGGAAAUUGACCCACAGUGCUCACCGAACCCUGAGUGUCACACCGAGAUCCCUGGACUGAACAGCUUUAGUGUUUAUGACAAAUGUCCCCGUCCUACAUUGUCCUUUAGCAUCUCCUGCUGCUGACC